AACAACGUUGCUAGUAGACAGAUUUUAGCUCAGAGCCUUUUAGAUCUAAUCGACCAGAAGAAAAGCACCGCCGAUACUGCUUAUGUACCAGAAACGGUUAACAAUCUUGAGAAGUCAUAUGAGCCAGAGAUUAAUGAAAUUACUAAUUGUAGUUCCUUAGAACCAGCUCAUGAAAUAGAAGUAGUUGCUUCGCAAUCGGUCAUUGCAGAUAUCCCUCAGGAAGAAAUCUCUGUGGUGGAUUCAAAAAUAGAGAUAGAAAGACCAGAGGAAGAAGAUUCUUCUGUUGAUAGCUUACCAGGUCCCAAAGGGACCCCACCAACCAUAAAUGAUGUGAAUAGCCAGACUUUCUCGAACAUUGCUACCGAAUUCAUACAAGAUUUGUUGGAAGAGCUACUCGGUCCCAGAGGGACCCUCUCAUCUGAUAAUUUACUUCUGAAAGAUGUAAAGUUUUCUUCUCCCAAAACCAUAGUUCCUGGAUCAAUAAGUAUUAAGAGACUUGCAAAUUCAUUCUGCCAAGCAAAUGGUGCAAGAAAUAAAUCGAUCAUAGCGAAGCAAACAGAGAUUUCAUUAUGGUGGUGCUAUUCUGAAAAAUUCGAAGACAAGUUUGUGGAGCUUAGGUCUGGAAAUAAAAAACUUACAGAUCAGACCGCAAGAAAGCAGAUUUACAAUGAAAUGAAACUGUAUCUUACAGGCGUUUCCGAUGUAUAUUUACGCAAGAUAACAAGCAAAGCAAGAAAAAUCAAUAAGCUAUUUGGUUAUGAAUAUGAUCCUGUAACUCUGCAAAAGAUAAAAGGUAUAGGCAGACAUAUGAUUCAGCGGGUCACUUAUAGUGUUGAUAGUAUUUCAAGACUCACUAAUCCUCAAAUCGAAUACAUCAUAGAACAGAGUUAUGAGAACGAAAUCGCCUCAACCAUAGCCAAUACAUCAGCUAAUAACCCCUCAGAUGAUAAUUUUAGUGACACAUCUAAUAUUACAGAUUAUUUUAAGGAAGAAGGAGCGAAUGAUUCGGCUGAAG